GCCUCAUUGCCAGCCCUCCCGCUCAGGGCCUCAGGUUCAUCUCCUUCCUGCGCUUCUUAAACCUUUUCCCUUCUCUCGGACUCCUCCCUUGCUCUUCCUUCCCUGGCGGCGACGACUGGGCGAGGGGCAGCGCCAUUUGUCCUGUCUUCGUUGCCGGCGUCGAGCGCAUCCUCCAGAAUUAUCGGGUGUACAUGUGCACACCCAUGUCCUAUGCUGGGUCUGCCCCCGCUCAGCAGGACCCGGCGGCGGCGGCGGAUUCGGAAAGGGAGGAUCUUUUCUUUGAUUUCUGUUCUUGAGGAGAGGGUAUUGUUUUAGCUACUGUUUUUCGCUGGAUGCUGGCAAUGGGGUCAGAAGAGUGGGAGCUGUAUCCUUACAUCGGUUCACAGGUCAUGGAAUAUGGACCGAUCUCUGAAGACAGCAACGAUGAUUGGAAUGGGGAUGUAGCAGUGUCAUUGGACGCUGCCCUCCCUGAUGAUCUCUUAGAGAAGGUUCUUUCCUUCUUGCCUGUUGCAAGUAUCAUAAGAUCUGGGUCUGUCUGCAAGAGGUGGCACGAGAUUGUGCAUGCCCAGAGGCAGACAUGGAGUAAAAUGGUGCCCCAGAAGCCAUGGUACUUCAUGUUUGCUUGUAGUGAGGAUGCAGUUUCAGGUUUUGCCUAUGACCCGAGCCUCCGCAAGUGGUAUGGAUUUGAUUUCCCUUGCAUUGAAAAGAGCAACUGGUCUACAUCCUCAUCGGCUGGGUUGGUGUGCCUGAUGGAUAGCGAGAACAGGCGCCGCAUUAUGGUGUGCAACCCCAUCACUAAGGACUGGAAGCGGCUUCUUGAUGCUCCUGGAGGCAAAACAGCUGAUUACAGUGCUCUUGCCUUUUCUGUGGACAGGAGUUCUCAUCAGUACACGGUGGCUGUUGCAAGGAGCAACCAGGUUCCAUCAGAGUACUAUCAGUGGGAGUCUACCAUCCAUUUGUAUGAGUCGGUCACUGGUAGUUGGGUGACUCCUUUUACUGGAGUGCUGUUCGGAUGGAGAGGAGGUGAUGAGUGUGUCAUCUGUGGCGGAAUACUCUAUUACUUGGUGUACUCCACAGGAGUUCUAGUGAACAAUAAUGAGCAUCGCCACUGUCUUGUCAUGUAUGAUCUUGCUGCAAGACCUAACCACACUUCUUUAAUGAGCAUGGCUAUUCCAGUGCCAUGCGCCCUUACAUGUGGCCGGUUGAUGAACCUAAGUGAGAAGCUUGUAUUAGUUGGUGGCAUUGGCAAGCAAGACAGGCCUGGGAUCAUCAAGGGAAUUGGCAUUUGGGAACUUCAUAACAAAGAGUGGCGUGAGGUUGCUCGAAUGCCUCACAAGUUUUUCCAAGGAUUUGGUGAGUUCGAUGAUGUUUUUGCAAGCUGUGGGGCAGAUGAUCUUAUCUACAUCCAGAGCUAUGGAUCGCCGGCUCUUCUCACCUUUGAAAUAAACCAGAAACUGUGGAAGUGGUCAGUGAAGAGCCCUGUGUCAAAGAGGUUUCCGCUGCAACUGUUCACUGGUUUCUCUUUCGAGCCAAGGCUGGACAUUGCUUCCUAGUGUUCCUAAUUUGUUCCACCUCCACAGAAUCCUUGCAUUAUAUUUUGCCUGGUUUUGGAGUGACCAAAGUCAGGAUGAGAUGCUGCCGUUGGAAGACACUUGACACAAAAUGUUCAAUUCUAUAGAUCUGUUCUAUUCAUUGCUGGUGUAUUGGGUAUAUCUUCUAAUUGAAGUGGUCAAUUAACUUUGCCGAUAUUUUUGUUAACUUGGUUCAAUAGUGGAGGGAGAGAUGAUGUCAACGAAUUACACAUGAAUUGUUGUUUCGGGAUUAUUCUUCUUUUGUUCCCUGCAAAAUUUGUGCGUCCUUGUCUCAGAAAAUUGAAUCAUUCCUGUUUUACUAUCCUUAAGUCUCUGCAGCUGCUGAAUUAUGUUUUGUUUUAUUUUAGCAGCAAUUGAACAUACAAUACAUAACACAUCUGAGCAUGAAGCAGUACAUGAUACAGAGUACUUUUUAUGGCUUCCUUGGAGCCAUUUAUGGACAGCAGAGCCUGUUGCUUUGUUAGUGGUCCCAUACCUUUGUUUUGUUUACAAAUAUAUAGAAUCGAUCUGCCUGACACUGAGUAUGUCACUGACCCACCAAAGUGUUUUAGCUUCUUGUAUAUUACUAACCUCCAGCAAUUUAAUAAAGCAAUGCAAAUGCAAAGACAGUGCGCAUAUCUGGCUGCUUAUCUAUUAAAUUGUCACACUGUUGUGUUUUAGUACUUCACUUCUAAGCCUGAUUCAGUUUCCUUUCCAAAUCCUUUGCAGCCAAUGCUGAAGUGGGAUGCCUAGUGCUCUCUUAUCUUCUUGCUGAAAUGCUAUAUUAUAGGAGUACAUCAAUUGAGCAGUACACCCGUGUGAACCGUCUGACAAUCUGUACUGAAAGCAUGUGGUAGUACCUUCCUAGAAAGCAGCAUUUACAUAUCUUCAUGCCUGUUGCCACUGCUCAGUGCUCCCCAAAUGAAACGUUUGCUGCUUAAAGCCUGUUGAAAGGCCACCUGUGCUCUCUGCAAGGAAGGAUGCAAAUUGUUUUGUUU